AUGGAUUUUAAGACACCUCUCUUUCUCUUGUUUGUUCUUGGCUCAACUUCCCAAGCUCUCAAAUUCGAUAUCGGCGGAACCGAUGGAUGGUCUCUAAACCCUUCCGAGAAUUACAACGAAUGGUCAGGGAGAAACAGGUUCCAAGUCAACGACGUUCUAGUUUUCAAGUACAAGAAGGGUUCAGACUCGGUGUUGGAAGUGACAAAAGAAGCUUAUGAUAAAUGCAACAAAACAAACCCAAUCAAAAAGUUGGAAGAUGGUAACACAGAGUUUACUUUGGAUCGAUCUGGACCGUUCUAUUUCAUUAGUGGAACUGAUCAAAAUUGUGAAAAGGGUCAGAAAUUAAACCUUGUUGUCAUAUCCCCACGAGGACACACACCAUCUUCUGCUGCUCCUUCACCGUCUACCACCACUCCAUCUCCCUCUGUUUCUCCUUUACCAUCUGCAACCACUCCAUCUCCUUCUGUUUCAACUUCUCCCACUGCAAAUUCACCAUCCGUCAGUACGCCUCCAGCCGGUGAACCUACGGCUCCACCUCCUACGGCGGGUGGACCACCUGCUCCAUCACCGAUGUCUCCUUCCAUGGGCGCUUCACCGCCAUCUCAAUCUCCAACUGUACCAUCAGACGGUGCUGCGGCGCCGGGUGCAGAGUCUCCGGCACCUGGGGCAACAGCAGUUCCACCGGCCUCAUCUGAUUCAAUAGCGCCUUCGAGUUCUCUGGUGUAUUCCGUUGCAGUUGUUGUCGGUGCUGUGUUUUUGUGUUACUGA